UAUAGCUUUCCUAUGCCAUCUUCUGACCAGCGAGGUCUACCAUGUCAGGAUAAAAUCCGUAAACCCCCAUGAUCUCAAGAAACAUUGCACCUGGAUUUCACCGAUCGCCAACACAAUAGAGUAGCAUCGAAUCGCCUAAACAAUCCGUCUCGACGACAGAGAUUCACUCAACAUGCUUUCAACCACGCCAUCACCAGUCACCAUCAUAGCAUUCGUGUCCCGGAAGCCCGGCACGACGCUCGAGGACUUCAAAACAUACUUCGAAACCAAGCACGCCCCCUGGGUCAUUUCCCUCGUCGAGGCGGGCUGCGGGCCACAAGUCCUGCCCCUGAGCUACGCGCGGUACUACCUCAACGACGGCAGACCUGCAACCCUGCCUGUCGGGCCGGGAGACUACGAUGCCGUGUCCUGCGUGACGUUUCGGGACAUGCAGCACCGGGACGCAUACCUCGCCGAGAUCACCAAGCGCUACGAGGCCAUAGGCGCGGAUGAGGAGACGUUUAUGGAUCGCAGCAGGCUCAAGGUCAUGACAUGCUCGGAUAUGACGUGGUGAUUGCGCUUGGUGCGGCUGAUGGCUCAUGGUGUAAAUGUUUGAGCUCAAAAAGUCUGCAGCGGGGCUUGCGACGGGAUCGUGGGAAGUUGUAUACUUGUCAUGCAUCUCCAACUCCUGCAGACAGAAUGGAUGAAGCCAGAAUAAAUUAUGGGCAAGGAGUUGUCGAGAGAGAGCGCUUCUAGUUGGCCGUGGCCGGGAAAUACCGGAUCCAUUAUGGGGAUACUCAGGACUGCACGGGGCGAGUGAAAGCGCAAGAAAUAAUACCGUAUUAUUCCCAUACUGAGCCCAAAUUCUCUCGAAACCAUCAUAUCGCAGUUGCUACCAGCCUCGUCAUGUCAAUUAGUUGACUAGGUUGCAAUCUCACUGGCGGAACACAGGGUAUCAUGUCGGCCUUAUCAUGCAAAUCCCCUGCUUUUGGGCAAUAAGCAAUGAUAUCCUUUGUUGGCAAAACGUGGGAUCCGGUAUCGGAAUCCGGGUUACCCAACGGGGAAACUCCGCAAGCGAUCUGUCA